GUUAUGGCCAACUCGAACGAUCUCUAUGAUCUUGCCCGGCCAACGUUAGCAAAAAUAGUUAAUAUCGGUGGAUUGGGAAUGGAGACGAAGGAUGCGAAAGCACUUGAGCCGGAGUUCCAAAAAAUCGUGGAUGCUGCCGAAGGCAUUGUAGUGUUUUCUUUUGGAUCAGUCGCUGCUAGUCAUGAAAUGCCUAUGAGCUGGAAGCUAGCAUUCAUUGAGGCUUUCAGACGUUUCCCAAACUAUCACUUUAUUUGGAAGUAUGAGGGAAAAGAUUUACAAGAAAAAGUCCCACCAAAUGUACACCUGUUCAAGUGGCUUCCUCAAGCUGAUCUCUUGAAAAAUUCAAAAACUAAGGCAUUCAUAUCACAUGGAGGAUACAACAGUAUACAGGAAGCUAUCUCCACGGGUGUUCCCAUAUUAACUAUAGCACUAUUUGGAGAUCAGCCAAGGAAUGCAAAAUUAGCUGAAAGGCAACAUAUUUCUAUUAAUCUUCGUAAAAGCGACCUUAGCGCAGAUACUGUAACUGAAGCCUUGACUAGAAUUUUGAAUGAUCAAAGGUAUAAAUUUUUCUUUCCAACAACACUACAAGAAAAUUUCGAAUGCAUGCAGCUAUUCGGAAAAGAUGAGAUUGCUAUCACAAAUGGUUGCGAAGAAGCCGCUGAGUCCAUCUCAUUUAUUGGUAUCGUGGGCCGAAUUUACCGCGGAACUCUUGACAAUCUGGUGCCAGCUGGCAAUAGGCUCAACUUCUUUCAGUACCAUUCUUUGGAUGUUAUUGCAUUCCUUUCAAGCGUUAUUGCCGUACUGCUCUUUACCUCAUUUGUAACAAUGAAAUUCAUACUGCUUAGUGCGUUGUCUUUAUAUCGAGCUAAGAAGGAGAAGAAAAUUUGA